GUAAAUGGUACCAGCACGAAUGUCUUGUAUGUGCCCCUGAGUUCUCCGGUUGACCCACUUAUAGGAAGUUGCUAUUGCAGUGUCAUUGUUCCAGUUCUUGAAACAGCUGCACAGGAACUUGAACAAGGUAGAAAUUUCAUCAAUGAUACGGUAGAUGAAGGCUUCGAAGUGCAAUGGAAUUUAGCGAAAGACCAGUGGAACACAUGUCAACUCUGGCGGGGUUUGUGGAUACAACUCUACCGAGAGUCAAUUCGUUUGCUUUUGCCGUGAUCAGCCCAAUGCAAUUGAAUGUUUAUCUAGUCCAGGGCCUCCAAGUUUGUCUCCUUCAUCAGCUCAAUUCGUUUGCUCCAGGUUUGAUAUAGAGGUCUAUUUAACAGCUGAUCUCAGCGUUAGAACUAGAUAUAGCUGAUUUCUUCCAGGCUACGCCUGGAAAUAUAGAAAAGACACCAUCACUAUGUAAAUACUAGAUGGCCAAUGUUUAGAAUAUUUAAUUUUCUAGGCUAUUUCAACUGGCGUGAGCAGGCACACUAACUUACAACAGAAGAUUCCCAUCAGGAAUUCUAAAGACCUUACUGAGUCAAAUUCAACAAUUAAUUUUCUAUGACGGGAAGAUGUGAAAUGCUGACUUAUCUACCGCCAAAAUAAUUGAUAUCAAUAUUAACUUCAUAUCUCUCUGUCUCUCUCUGAAAAUGGCUCUUCAUCUCUCUCCAGACCUCCGCUUGUUCUCCACCAUCGCCAUAAUCUUCAUCUUAGUCCAAGUCCCAACAUCUGUGUCAACCAUCGAUGCGAAAUACGAAAAUUGUAGCACCCCUUUUCUCUGUGCAAACUUGGAGAAUCUCGAAUACCCUUUUUGGGGAGCCGGGAGGCCAGAGUAUUGUGGGCACCCGGUUUAUGAGUUGAACUGCCAAGGCGAGGUUGCAGAGAUCACUAUCAUGGCGAACAACUACGGAGUAAUCUACAGAGUGCUGGAAGUAAAUAACGAUUCUUGGACUCUCACAGUUGCCAUAGAAGAUUACUGGGAUAACAUUUGUCCCAGAAGCCCUGUCACCGGUACUAUAGAUCCCAGGUUCUUUAAUUAUGCCUCCGAUACAGAAAAUGUAACGCUGUAUUAUGGUUGUCCUUCUCUUGGAAAUGACACCUCGGUGCUUCUUCCCUUAAAGUUUAAUUGCAGCCCGGAAGGGACAGACAUCAAUAAUUACUAUUUCAUAUGGGGCGACGAUGCUGCCAAUAGUAUGUUAACAGGUCACGUGAUAGCAGCCAUUAGAAUUUACUUCGGAGGUUGUGUCAGAAACGUUACUAUUCCGGGGAGACUGUCAGCAUUUCCGAUCUUAAAUUAUACAGCUGCGGCAAAUGUGAGUGAAGCUCUUAGAGAGGGUUUUGAUUUGCAAUGGAAUGCAAAUAAUAGCUUUUGUGACAAAUGUAAAAACUUGGGUGGACUGUGUGGAUAUGACCCUGAUAUUGAUGAAUUCACUUGUUAUUGUCGUGAUAAACCUUAUCCCUUGACUUGUUCCUCAAAAGGUACUUCCCAUCUCUAUUUCAUUACUUCUGCAUCACUGAGUUUCCGCAACAUUACUGGAUUAAGGUUUAGCAUAUUCCUUAUAUUGAUGCUAUAUUCUUUCGUUUAA